AGUCGUGACGGGCGCCGCCCGCGGGGGACAGGAGCCGCCGUGUGUCCUUCCCCGGCUGCCGUCUCCCUCCCCUUCCCUGGUCGGCGGGCGGGGCUGACGGAAGCCGGAGAGGUCGCUGGUGGCGUGAGUGAGGCGACUCCGGCAGCGCCUGGCCGCGUCCUCCCCGCCCCGCAGUCAUGGCGGCGGAGCAAGAGGCCGUGAAGGGCGGCGCGGGGGCCAACAGCAGCAGCGGCGGCGGCGGCAGCAGCGCCCGCAACCGGGGCGGCGUCCAGCGCGUCGAAGGCAAGCUCCGCGCCAGCGUCGAGAAGGGCGACUACUACGAGGCGCACCAGAUGUACCGGACGCUCUUCUUCAGGUACAUGUCGCAAGGAAAACACGUGGAAGCGAGAGAGCUCAUGUAUUCGGGGGCACUGGUCUUCUUCAGCCACAAUCAACAAAACAGUGCUGCCGAUCUGUCCAUGCUAGUUCUAGAGGCUCUGGAGAAAUCGGAUGCAAAAGUGACAGACGAACUGUUAGAGAACCUAGCUAAAGUGUUUAGUCUGAUGGAUCCCAAUUCUCCUGAAAGAGUGGCUUUUGUGUCCAGGGCGCUGAAGUGGUCCAGCGGCGGGUCUGGGAAGCUCGGGCAUCCGAAGCUACACCAGUUGCUAGCCAUCACGCUGUGGAAAGAGCAAAACUAUUGUGAAUCUCGGUAUCACUUCUUGCACUCCACAGAUGGCGAAGGGUGUGCAAACAUGUUGGUAGAAUAUUCUUCAUCCCGGGGAUAUCGCAGUGAGGUGGACAUGUUUGUAGCACAGGCAGUCUUGCAAUUUCUCUGCUUGAAAAACAAAACCAGUGCGUUAGUGGUCUUCACAACGUACACACAGAAGCAUCCUUCCAUAGAAAGGGGCCCUCCCUUUGUACAGCCCUUGCUCAAUUUCAUUUGGUUCCUGCUGCUGGCAGUUGAUGGAGGGAAGCUAACAGUAUUUACAGUAUUGUGCGAACAGUAUCAACCUUCGCUGAAGAGGGACCCCAUGUAUAAUGAAUAUCUAGACAGAAUAGGACAGCUCUUCUUUGGUGUCCCACCCAAACAAACAUCAUCCUAUGGAGGACUACUAGGCAAUCUUUUAAACAGCCUGAUGGUAGCCGGGGAGGACGACGACACGGAAGAUGGCCAGGAAGACAGUAGUCCCAUUGAACUGGACUGAGACCCUGCAGAGCUGCCUGGAAUCUGACCGUGUGCUCACCCAAAAAGACACUUUGAAGAGGAGUCCUGCUGCGAUGGUUUUUCAACAGGUCAAGGGCUUCUCUGUUCCGUUUAAAAGAAGGUUGCUGGGAUGUUUAUAAUGUUUUGGUCUAUAUUAUUUAUGUAAAAAAUGAAAUGGGGCAGCCAAGAGAACUGAUUUGGUGUGAUCGUUAGUGGACCUCCGAGAUGCUGGCUGGUGACAGGCUGAGAUGAAGCCACCUCUGUGAUUCCAUAGGCAAGAUUCCCUCUUUCGCAGUCAAGCUAAAUAAAGUCGAAACAUGAUGUCUGUUGCUUUAUAUUUUUAAAACUACAUUUUUGUUUCAGUUAACUAACAGAUUAAGUGCUUGACUGUCCCAAAGGAAUGUCUUGGAAAGUAGGGUUAUAAUUGCUUGAGAGGAAGACCUGGAGACCCAGUGCCAAAAGCAUUGCGAGACAAGCCAAAGACCAUGCACCCCCGAGCCUGAAAUACCAAAUUCAUUUCCAUGUCUAGAAAAACCAUACAUUUCUUGAAAACCCAGAAAGGAUUCUGAAUAGUAUGUGGGUUGAAGACUGCGUAUAGCAUCUUGAGGUCUUGCUCCAAGCUGUAGUUUAAUACUGGCGGAUCAGAUUGAACACGGAAGGCUUAGUGGGAGUAGAUCAUCAUAGUCCAUUAAUAUUAUCUGUGUGUGUACAGUAGUUAAAAUACCUCGCGCACUCCCUGGGAAACAGCUUAAUUAUGUGAUAACUUGGCAGGCUUGCUGUGGCACAGCCCCAAACACUAUUUUGGCAGAAAGUGGAGCAUGCAGAUGUUUGAAACAGGGUGAUCCUUAAAGGAAGGGGAUGGUGCAGACCUCCAGGUUCUUGUUGGAUAUUUAUUUUUACAGGGUGAUUUAUUGAUUCGUUUAACACUUUAUGUAAAAAAGAACAAAAUUAACAAUAACUGCAAACCACACACGCUAGGCUUAAUAUAAUUCUACAUUUUGUCUCCUUUUUAAUGCACAAUACCAGAUGUGAGUGGUAUGCUUAAAAGAUGAAAUGGGGGGAAACACUUUAUUUUUUCACAUUUAAGAUGAAAGGCUUAGAUUAAUACAGCAAUCAUGCAUGAGAGGGAAUAAUUCAUUUUUAUUUACUGUUUAAGAAAAGAAAUUAAAAGAAUGAAUUUGUGUUAAUUGUUGAGUAUUAAAUAAAUACUUUAUACUGGG